ACGACGACAACGCCGCACCGCUCCGCCACACCCGCUACGUUUCCCCUCGUAUCGGUUCCCGCCGCUUCCUUCCCUAUUAAAAGCCCCAUUUGGCAACGACCGCCAUUAAUAAAUUCGCGCCCUCGGAUCCCUAGGGCUCGUCCUCUCUCGAUCUACCCCCUCUCUUGCGGCGGCGCGGCAACGGUUUCGGUUCGGGGAUAGAGUUAUAGCCACCAUGAACGGCGACAAAGAUAGCAACCUAAAUCUCUCCGAUCUCAGCUCCGCCCUCCCCUCCGCGUCUCGCACCGCUCUAAGCGCGAGGGACAGAGCGGGUGUGGUUGAGGCUAUAAAGAGUAAGGUUGAGGGUCUAGUGGAGCAGCAUCCGGUUAUGUUGGACAGUCUCGUCCCUAAGGUCAGGAAGCGCGUCGAGGCCCUUCGGGCGAUCCAGAGCAAAUAUGAUGAUUUGGAGGCAAAAUUUUUUGUGGAGAAAGCAGCUCUCGAAGCGAAAUACCAAAAGCUCUAUGAGCCACUAUAUAUAAAGCGGUAUGAAAUUGUUAACGGUGUGGUUGAAGUUGAAGGUGUUACAGAUGAAGCUUUAACUAAGGAUGCUACUGAAGAAAAGGGUGUGCCAGAUUUCUGGCUCACUGCAAUGAGAACAAAUGAAGUGUUGGCUGAGGAGAUCCAGGAGCGUGAUGCAGGAGCUCUAAAGUUCCUCAAGGAUAUCAAGUGGUGUAGAACAGAUAAUCCGAAGGGAUUUAAGCUUGACUUCUUCUUUGAUGUCAAUCCUUACUUUAAGAACUCUGUCUUGACAAAAACGUAUCAGAUGAUUGAUGAUGAUGAUGAACCAGUUCUGGAGAAAGCAAUAGGGACUGAAAUCGAAUGGUAUCCUGGGAAAUGCUUGACGCAGAAGGUUCUGAAAAAGAAGCCAAGAAAAGGAUCAAAGAAUACCAAACCUAUCACUAGAACUGAAAAUUGUGAGAGCUUUUUCAACUUCUUCAGUCCACCUCAAUUCCCUGAUGAUGAUGAUGAUGAUGAUGAGAUUGAUGAAGAUACUGCUGAGCAUUUGCAGAAUCAACUGGAGCAAGAUUAUGAUAUUGGAACCACAAUAAGAGACAAGAUCAUUCCACAUGCUGUUUCGUGGUUUACAGGAGAGGCUGUUCCGGAAGAUGAUUAUGAAGACAUGGAAGAGGAUGAUGAUGACGAAGAUGGAGCAGAUGAUGAGGAUGACGAAGAGAAAGGUGAAAACGAUGCUGAUGAUGAUGAGAAAGAAGAAAAGACCAGAAAAAAGAUACACUAAUUUUCAAGAAGGCGGGGGAUCCUGAGCGUGGAAGCAGCCAAUGGUUUUCAUCAUGAGGUCACUACCUACGACACAAACGAAUGUAAACCAUAGAUUCCUUUUGAGAGGGUGACCAGCAGUUUUCUAACCUGCAUUGUCAUUUCAUCGAGGGAGGGAGGAGAGAAUGAAGAUCAAUGGUAGUGACAAUGGUGGGUUCGGCUUCUGCUGUCCUUAAUAUUUCAUCAUCUAGGAAUUUGUUGUUUCUUGCUUCAUGUGGAAUCAGUCUUUGAUCGGUUUCACAAUGAGGUACUCAAAUGUGGUGGUUACCCUACUGGUUUGGUGAUAAUAAGGAUGAUGUUUCUGCCUGUUGUAGCUGUUGAACGCAAGUGUCCCUGUGGAAGUCUUUCUAGAACACAAAUAUACUUGUGAACAAAGCUCGAGCUUAGAAGA